UGUAACGUGCAGAGCAGGACUGUAGCGGGCAUGGCCGUGGGCGUCAGACGGGCCGUGGGGCUGUCGUUGGUUACACUGCUGAUGAUGGCUGAAGCCACAGUAGAAUACUGCGAACACGGACAGUACUUCCAUGACAGUCGUUGCUGCCUGCUUUGUCCAGCAGGUACAUAUGUUGCUGAGCAUUGCAGUGCUCCAAAUUCGAGAGGAAGAUGUGACCCUUGCAUGGAAGGAGAGAGUUUUACUGCCCAUGAGAAUGGCCUGGAAGAGUGCUUGCCAUGCAGGCAGUGCAAAGAUGAUCAGGUAGUUUUGAGACCCUGUGCUCUGACGCAUGAUACUGAGUGCCAGUGUGGACAAGGGUAUUUCUGCCCUGCUGAGGGCUGUGAAAUAUGUCAGAGAUGCAGUACAAUGUGUCCAGAAGGGAAAGAAAUUGUCCAGAAUUGCAAUGCUACUACGGACCUCAGAUGCGGCUUACCUGAGCAAGGAAGCACACUUCAUGUCUGGUUUAUUGGGCUUAGUUUGGGCGUUGGUGUUUUGUUGCUGUUCUUGGUAAUUAGAAAGCUGAAGAGUGAUAAAGCCGUUUCAACUGCUAAAGAUCCAGAGAAAGGUCUGGAGCCUGAGGGCAGUACUGAAAGCCUCAUCUUACCAGAAGUUGAGACACCUGCAAAUAAAUCAGCCAAUGCAGAGGAUGAGAAUGCUGGUGAGACCCCAGAGGAACAAACACAACUCAGCAUUAACUUGGAAGUGAAAAAUACAUCACCAGAGGAAAACAGUGUUGCUGAGCGAGGCACCUGCCUGCACGGGGUCUGGAGGUGCCAUGUGGGAAGGUGCUUGAAGAGGAUCACUCGGCCUUCUGUACCAGCCAAAACUGGGCAGAAUCCUGCAUUCCGUCAGAAUGGUCAGUCUAACUUACCGAGUGGCAGGGUGCCAGCAACAUGUAUGAUAGAAGAACCAAGGUGCCAAAUAAUUGUUAAAGAUCUCUCUCAAAAAGAACUGAGAGAUUGCUUCUCGACCUUUAUAAAAGAAGUACCACCGAAAAAAUGGAAGCAGCUUAUGAGGACUCACCUCCAUGAAAACGAUAUUGAUAAAAUUAUUUAUGAUUAUCCUAAUAAUAAUGAAGAGCAAUCUUAUCAGAUGCUUCUCUCCUGGAAAAACAUACUGGGAGAGAAACAAUCAAUUAUUAAGUUACUGGAUGAGUUACGGUAUCUAGAUGCUAAGGCUUAUGAUAACGUAUUGAACGCUUUAAAAAAUAGUAACGUUAUAAGUAAAGCAGAAGCUACCGAUUAAUGUUUGCAAUGAGCUUCCAAAAUGCUCCUGUGUACAUAUAUAUAUAUAUGUCUACAAACUUCCUGUAAAUGAGGACGUCAACCAACUUCUAUUGGAAGUGGUGUCACGGACUUGAUAUCCCCCUCACCUUCGCAGGGGGACCUGGGAGUGAUUUAACACCGGCAGUGUUGAAGCAGAGUCCGGUUAUGCAGCUCACUAAGUCUUUUGAGUUGUCUGUUAUUAAACUUGGGUGCCAGAUGCCCACCUGCGAGUGAGGAGCUCCAGCUCACGCUUCCCUUUGUGUGAGGCAGGACCGUGCUCUUCGAGCCCAGGAGGCGGGAACAAAGGCUCUUUCUGAGAGGGCUGUGAUGCUUUGUUUUCGGAAACGAUUGUGUUCGUUCUGUAUCGGUAUGCUCAGAGAUAGUAAGUUUGAAACACAGCAAUA